AUGAGAUCCACGAUCCCGAAAUUUCUGACGAGAUCCGCCGACCCGUCUUUUCUUCGUUACAUCGGAAGGACGACAUCAUCGUCAGUAAUCAUGGCGACUGUUCUGGCAAAGAAUACCUUCCAAAAGGGGGAGGCAGACCAAUCUGCCGUAUCUCUUGAAGGCAUCCCGGCUCUCGGGGCUCCCAUUGAGGAGAAACGGUUUUGGUUCCAGCGAAACAAAGAUUUCGACCCUUUCGCCGUCGCUACUCAGCCGAGUGUUUUUGACGACCCAGAUUCGGCCGAAAAAUAUCAUCCACGAGAAGACUGGGAGAACUACCAUCGCUUUGACCCUCUUGCUCGAUGGACAUGGGCCGAGGAGUAUGCUUUGGUUCGAAAGAUCGAUAUACGUAUUAUGAUAUGGGCAUGUAUCAUGUUCAUGGCGCUUGAACUGGAUCGAGCAAAUAUCAGCCAAGCAAACACGGACAAUAUGCUGGGUGAUCUGAAGAUGAGCACCAAUGACUUUAACCUCGGAAACACCGUUUUCAAGCUUGCGUUUCUUUGCGCAGAGUUGCCAUCUCAGCUUGUUUCCAAAUGGGUUGGCCCCGAUCGCUGGAUCCCUGCACAGAUGAUCCUUUGGAGUAUCGUAGCAAGUUGUCAGUUCUGGCUCAACGGAAGAGACUCAUUCCUUGCCUGCCGUGCAUUGCUGGGUCUGCUUCAGGGGGGAUUCAUCCCCGAUAUCAUCCUCUAUUUGUCGUACUUCUACAAGCAUCACGAGCUAUCGCUGAGACUUGGCUUCUUUUGGACCGCCAUGAGUAUCGCGGAUAUUCUUUCUGCGAUCUUUGCGUAUGGAUUGCUCCACAUGCGUGGCGUUCAAGGACAUUCUGGAUGGAGAUGGUUAUUCCUCAUUGAAGGGCUGUUGACACUGGUCAUUGGUAUCUUCGGCUUCCUUUUGAUGCCAGCUGGCCCUUGUCAGACUGCAAGUUGGUUUCGCGGGAAGAAGGGUUGGUUCUCUGAAAGAGAGGAAGUUAUCCUUGUCAACAGAGUUCUGCGCGAAGACCCAAGCAAGAGCAGCAUGCACAACCGCGAGCCAAUCACGCCAAGGUUGCUCUGGGACAGCCUCAAAGAUUACGAUCUCUGGCCCUUGUACAUCCUGGGCCUCACUUUCCAGAUUCCCAUGACACCCCCGUCACAGUACCUCACCCUGACGUUAAAGAACCUCGGCUUCGACACCUUUCAAGCGAAUCUCCUCGCUAUUCCGUGGACCGUUGGUCACAUGGUCACAAUGCUGGCAAUCACAUACCUGGGCGAAGUCAUCGGCGAACUCACCUUUGUCUCGAUGUCUGGUCAGGUGUGGGCACUCCCAUUUUUGAUCUACCUCAAUGUAGUCGACACAUCCGGGGUCAACAGAUGGGUUCUUUACUCCGUCAUCACGUUGCUUCUGAUGUAUCCGAAUCCUCACCCUAUUCAAGUCGGAUGGAACAGUCGCAACUCCAACACAACGGAUGGAAUUAUUUCUUCCAACAUUUACCGAUCUGACGAUGCGCCACUGUACAAACGCGGCAAUAGGUCUCUUCUCGGUAUUGUUUGCAUGAACUUGGUUCUUUACCCAUUGGUGAAGGCUUACUAUGUGUACCGGAACAAGAGACGUGACCGGAUCUGGGAAGGUAUGUCGGAAGAGCAGAGACUUGCAUACUUGGAAACAACAAAGGACGAAGGCAAUAAGCGAUUGGAUUUCCGUUUCAGCCAUUGA